AUGUACGACGUCGUCAAGGAUCGCAGCCCGACCCCUGCGGGCGAGCAGUCCGAUGAGAACUGGUCUGUCAACGUCCAGCAAUUGAUUCAGGAAACCGAACGAGCAUUCGAGGCCGUCGGCAAUGCCAUUAGCGAGGUCCACCUGACCUCUUGGCUUCACGAUGUCUCCGAGCCAGCUGCACCAGCGCCCAUUGUUCCAACGCGCCCUACUGCUCCGCCCCAAUCGCCAACCCGGUCCAAUCAAGACAACCGUAACAAAGAAGGGCUCUUGGAAAGAAAGCCACUGGCUCGCAAAGCAUCCAUCUCCAAGUCCCAGCGAAGAAAGAGAGGCAGAAAAGCUAGUCGCGACGUCUUUGGAAGCGCUCGUUUCCAGGCAAAGGCCAUCCCCUGGACGCUGGCGGAGAGCGUCGGCAACGCGCUGGGCCAGCGUUUCAAGCGCGUCGUUGCCGACGAGAUGCUGACCCCGGAUCGCAUGGAAGAGCUUAAGCGGAGUCGGGAGGAGGCCCAAGAGGCAGAGGCCCAGGAGGCAGAGGCCAAGUUGCUGCGGGAGUGCCGAUCAUCGACAGAGUCGAACCGCAGCACCUUGACCGACCUGUCUGACCAGUCCGUUGGGCCCUUUUAUUUAGAAUGCCUGACGUUGAACAUGGAUGCAGCGGCGGAUGUCGCGGAUUCACCCCUGGCACCCGCCGAGCACAACGCUGCCGCCGCUGCCAUCGAUGAGGAUGCUGUACAUGCCGACUUUCGGGCGUCAAAGGGCGUGGGGGGCCAGAACGAUGAAGCGAAAGGAUCAGGGGCCGUGCCUGUCGACGAGCAUGCGUUCCCCUCUCCUCCUCCAAAGAGCAAUGCGCGACAGGGAGCAAGAACGGCACGACUACCCACAAUACCCGAAGUGUUUUCCGCCGCCCCUGAAAAGGUGGAGGAGAAGCCGGAGGAGAAGCCGGAGGAGAAGCCGGAGGAAGAUGAAGAAAGAAUCUACUUCAAGAGCACAUCCCUUUCUUCCGCCAAUCGCGCUUUUCGGCACGGACCAAUCUCUUUUCAGAGACCCGAGGCGGGCAAGCGCAGAGGAUGCGCCGAGGACGUGGACGAGACGGUGGACUGGACGGCGUUUCAGAUGGCGAUUUUGGGAGGAGCAGGCGACCUGUUGUCGGGCAUGUACGAGGACGACCAGAACCAAAUGGCCGACGACAUGGUUGAAUGGUUCGAGACGUUUGGCUUCGAAACGCCCGGGCAACUGAUUGCUGGCAACGGCCGGCCGCCGCUGGACCCGCCGCAUAACAUCUACUCGUCGUCUGUAUCGACCAUCAACUCGGACACGGAGCUCCCGAUACCCGUGCAGAGCGAGAGGCAGUCGCCGCAUGAUGGCGGCGCGCACGGCAAGUCGGACACAGCCACAGACACGGUCAGGUUCUUCCGCAGCGGCAGCAACGCCGACAUGCGGCGGUACGUGCCGGGACAGGAGCAUCAGAAGAAACACGAGUUCCUUGGAGACUCAAAGCGGGGGCCGGCCCGGCUCCUGGUGGUCGGGGAGGAGGUGCCGGAAGAUGUUUCCGAGGACCUGGCGGAAAGAGUGCCCAUGGGGUGCAACCUGGAGCACGAUCUAGACGAUUUCUUGCGCUGGGAGAGACAGUAUGCAUACGGCGGUAUCUUCUGA